AUGUUCAAGUCACAAUUCGCCAGAAACUCGGUGAGACUUUUCGCCACAAAGAAACAGCCCUCCAUUGGACGUUACACUGGUAAGCCAGACCCAGCCACCGGUAAGUACACUGUUUCCUUCAUCGAAGGUGAUGGUGUGGGUCCAGAAAUCUCCCAGGCUGUCAAGGACGUUUUCGUUGCUGCCAAAGCUCCUAUUCAGUGGGAAUCCUGUGAUGUGAGCCCUCUAUUUAUCAACGGUCUCACCACCAUUCCCCAGCCCGCCCAGGACUCCAUCAACAAGAACUUGAUUGCUUUGAAGGGUCCAUUGGCCACUCCAAUCGGUAAAGGUCACAGAUCUUUGAACUUGACUUUGCGUAAGACUUUUGGUCUAUUUGCCAACGUUCGUCCAGCUAAGUCCGUAGAAGGAUACAAGACUGCUUACGACGAUGUUGAUUUGGUCUUGAUCAGAGAAAACACCGAGGGUGAAUACUCUGGUAUCGAACACGUCGUCUCCCCAGGUGUCGUGCAAUCUAUCAAACUAAUUACGCAAGAUGCUUCUGAGCGUGUCAUCAGAUAUGCCUUUGAAUACGCUAGAGCUGUUGGUAGACCAAAGGUUCUAGUUGUCCACAAAUCCACUAUCCAGAGACUAGCGGACGGUCUUUUCGUUAAAGUUGCCAACGAUCUGUCCAAAGAAUAUCCUGACGUUGAAUUGCAGACGGAAAUUCUAGACAAAACCGUUUUGAACGUCGUUAGAGACCCAUCGCUGUAUAAGGAUACCGUCGCUGUCUGCCCUAACUUGUACGGUGACAUUUUGUCCGACUUGAACUCUGGUCUAAGUGCCGGCUCUCUAGGUUUGACUCCUUCCGCUAACAUUGGUCACCAAGUCUCCAUCUUCGAAGCCGUUCACGGCUCCGCUCCAGACAUUGCUGGUCAAAACAAGGCUAAUCCAACUGCCCUAUUGUUGUCCUCUGUUAUGAUGUUGAACCACAUGGGUUUGGUCGAGUACGCUGACAAGAUCGAAAAAGCUGUCUUCACUGCUAUCGCCUCUGCCCCAGAAAACAGAACUGCCGACUUGGGUGGUAGCGCUUCUACUUCCUCUUUCGCUGAAGCUGUCAUCAGCAGAUUGUGA